CGGAGCUCGGAGGGGCGAAGGAAGGCGAGAGAUCAACAGAAGAAAACGGCUUCCGAGGACCGCAAUCUUUGCAUUUUGAGCUCACCUUCUGUUGAUUCGAAGUGCGUGAUCUUCCAUGGCAUCCACCAGCAAGGUCAAUUUCUAUGAGGAAGAAGAAGAGGACGAAGAAGAGGAACUUGAACACUUUGAUGAUUUCACUCUAGCUUCGUCGUGGGAAAGGUUCAUAUCGGACAUAGAGGCAACUUGUCGACAAUGGUUGGCAGAUGGUCCGAAAAAUCUGCUGGUAAUCAUUCCUGCGUUCAUCGGAAAACUUGUUUGUCAUCAUUAAUGUUGGAAUUCCUCAACAUGUUAUGAUUCUCUGUAACUAUUCAUAUUUUUGAUUCUGGAUCUGCUGAUACUGAUGGAUAUAUUUUUUUAUUCUUUUUUUUUUUCUUUUAAAAAAAAUCUUGCGAAAGCAAGCUGGUACAGCUUUUUUUUUUUUUUUUAAUAAUAAUUAUUAAUAGAG